AGAUUCGAGAACCAAAUUGGACUGCGGUGGCACAUUUAGGGAGCACGGUGUCCUCAUCUUCUUCCUACCACUUCACCACCCCAUCCCCAUCCCCAUCCCCAUCCUCAUCCGUGCUUAAUGCAACGUCGCCGACCUCCUAAUUGAUUGACCCUACUACUCCUCCGUCCUCAUGGCCCGAUUCCAGCGCCACUUUGGUGGCUUCCGCUCCUCGCUCCCCUCGCAGCAGCAUUGCUCCUUCGCUUCCUCCUCCUCCUCCUCCUCUGAAGAAGAAGAUGAUGAUGAUGAUGAAGAGGAAGAGGAAGUGGAUGAGCAAGAGGAGGAGUGCCCGAUUUCUUCGCCUUUGAUCGUGCCGGGACCGAAAGCAAAAGAGGGGGAGAGAAGGGAAAACCAGCGGCAGCACCAAAUAGUGACGGUGCUGGUGGCGGCGCUGAGGAAGUCGCUAGUGAUGUGCAGCGUAGCGUGCGGCCAGCGCGGCGCCUCCCCUGCUUCCAUGGAGAUCGGAUGGCCCACCGACGUGCGCCACCUCGCGCACGUGACCUUCGACCGGUUCGAUGGCUUCCUCGGCCUGCCUGCCGAGUUGGAGCCCGAGGUUCCCCCGAGGGUUCCCAGUGCCAGUACGAGUAUAUUUGGAGUUUCUGUCGAAUCUAUGCAGUGCUCCUAUGAUAAAAGAGGAAACAGCGUUCCAACGAUUCUACUGUCAAUGCAAAGGCAUUUGUAUUUACAAGGAGGUCUACAGGUGGAAGGAAUUUUCAGAAUUAAUGCUGAGAAUAGCCAAGAAGUGUUUCUCAGAGAACAACUGAAUAGAGGAAUUGUACUACAUGGAACUGAUCUGCAUUGUCUAGCAGGAUUGAUAAAGGCAUGGUUUAGAGAGUUACCCAGAGGAGUACUCGACUCACUGACACCAGAUCAGGUGAUGCACUGCAACACUGAAGAAGUGUGCUCUGAAAUUGCAAGGAUGCUACCACCAACUGAAGCAGCAUUGCUUGACUGGGCCAUUAAUUUGAUGGCAGAUGUUGUGGAGCAUGAACACUACAAUAAGAUGAAUGCUCGAAAUAUUGCAAUGGUUUUUGCACCUAACAUGAUUCAGAUGGCUGAUCCAUUAACUGAACUGAUCCAUGCUGUCCAAGUGAUGAACUUCCUCAAGACAUUGAUCAUAAAGACGCUGCGAGAAAGAGAAGAGGCAUCUUUUGCGGCCAUCGCAUUCAGUUCGUACUCUGAAUCUCCAAGUGACAAGGAUGAAGCAACAUUAUCUAAACCUUCAGAAAAAUAUGCUCUGUGCACCAAUGAGAAAAUUCUAGGCAUCUACGCCCUUGAUAAAGUCGCUAUAGGCAAACUCUUGUUCAAUGGCGAACCAUCAUUGGGUAGCAGUGAAGGCAGCUUUGAGCCUAAAAUUGAAAUGAUAAAUGAAUUAGAUGCUACGAGAGAUGAGUGUCAGUGUGGAUAUGUAUAUGGGGAUGUGGAAAGUAUGAUGGAUAGGGUGAGUUUUAGGAAGGUAGUGAGGAAGUUUUGCAGUCGCCCUAUUUUUCAACUAAGUAGGUGCCCUAAGAAGCAGGCAAAGCUUGUAAAUUUAGAUGAAGGAAGAGAAGCUUGGACAUGAUCUGCUUUGUAUGACAUGCAGAAUAUAUAUCUUUGGGCCAUUUAUGUACUUCAAUGUGUAUUCAAAAAUUUAGGAGAUGGUAGCUUCUUCUUGUUCA